AGGUUUAAGCAUCAUUUCGCGCUCGAAAUCCCCAAUUCCCCAAUCUUCGUCGUCGAAACCCUAAAUUCUGAAUCGAUCCCGAUCGAAUCGAAGAUCGUAGUGUUUCUGGAGUGGAUGAUAGCUACCCGUUAAACUCGGAACCCUAAUCGGAAUGGGAGGUACGGACGCGAAGGACAUCCUCGGGUUGCCGAAGACGCCACUGUCUCUAACUCAGGAGAAGAAAUCUCGACCCCAGAAGGAGUCCCAUCGAAAACCCGAUGGCAUUUCUCGCGAGGUUUAUGCGCUUACCGGAGGCGUUGCGCCUCUCAUGCCUUCAAUUGAUGUUACCCACUUGAAGCGACCUCCUCCACCUGAUGAGAAGGUUGCUUGGCAGUGGCUUCCCGUCAAAAGUUCUGCUAGGAAAGAUGAUUUGCAGCUCUACCAUUGGGUUAGAGUGGUAAAUGAUGUUCCACCAACAGGUGACUACUCCUUUGCCAAGUACAACAAGUCAGUUGAUGUCUUGAAAUACACUGACGAUGAGUAUGAGAACCAUUUAACGGACCCUGUGUGGACUAAGGAAGAGACGGAUCAGUUGUUUGAAUUGUGUGAAAGGUUUGAUCUCCGUUUCACUGUGAUUGCUGAUCGCUUUCCAUUAUCCCGGACUGUAGAGGAAUUGAAGGAUCGUUACUAUAGUGUAACUCGGGCCCUGCUGCGUGCUAGAGCUCAGUCUCCAGCAGAGUUGGCAAACCAUCCUCUUAUAAAGGAGCCUUAUGAUAUGACACGCGAUAGAGAGCGCAAACGUGCAUUGUCAAUGGUCUUGUCCCAGAGUAGACACCAAGAGAAAAAAGAUGCUGAGAUUCUUGCUGAGGCUAAGAGAAUCACAGAGAUGCGUUUGGCUGCGCGUCGUGCGGCGGAGCCUGAUGUGCCUGCGAAUGAAAAUAUCGGUAGUGUAUCUCCAUCUUCCAAUUCUCAACUUCCUGCAACUGCCGUGGCUCCAUCAACACUAACUAUGGCUGAUUAUGCCUCUACCCUUGCUUCUCUGCGCAUGCUUCAUGUGUAUUUGAGAACCUAUGGACUUGAACAAAUGGUCCAAGCUGCAAGCUCUGCUGUUGGUCUUCGAACGAUCAAGCGCGUUGAGCAGACUCUGCAAGAUCUCGGGGUUAAUUUAAAGCCAAAGGUUCCUACAAAAACUGUAUGCGAUGAGCAUCUUGAAUUACGGAAAGAAAUUCUAACACUACUGAAUCUUCAGAAACAGCUACAGUAUAAAGAAUCAGAAGGUUCAUCACACCGUGAAGGGACAUAUGGCGCAAUGCCAGAUACUCCAAAAGAUCGUGUUUUCGCAUCUGAGCCAUUCGGUUUUGGAGCUGAAAGACCAAUCAAGAAGGAACCAAAGCGCAAGGGUCCUGGAAGACAAUCAGAUACUCCUUCACCAGCUCAUAAGCGCCCCAGAAAAUUGAAAGCAUCUGAUCUCUAAAUGCAAUACUACUGAUUCCAAAUUUUCAUGUCUAUGUAAUUUGCAAUUUCUUAUACAGAAGUAAAUCCUCUUUUGGAUUUGGGAACUUUUAUGUUUUUUACUUUCCCUCUAAUCCAAAUACUCAAGUGUCUCCAAAUCACAUUCACAUGAAAGGAAGAGAUAGUUGAUCUCGUCAAA